AACAUAUGUCGAGGCCCAUCGGCCUCGGACACCGUUUCGAAUGUCCCCUUCCCUCUCCUCUAAGGCUUCUUUGGUGGCUAUCUUUUUCCGCUACAAUUGAAACGCGACGCAACCUAUCUGCACUUGUGAGGCAUCUCCAUCUAACGCGCUCGAACUUAUCGAUUUCUCCUUGGGUUUCUCUGAAAACCGCAUGUAGCACCAGAGCGAAUGGAGCGACCCAGAAGGAGAGUAUUGGUUCUGAACUUUUUCAAUUCUCUCUUUCUUGGAAUCUUGUCUGUGCAAUUCUUGGGGUUUUGGUGAAAUGGGUAGGGGAGGGAUGAAGAAGAUGAGCUCUUGGUGGUGGAGCAGCUGGAGUUUAUGGAGCAAUUAGGGCUAAAUCUGUUGCUCCUCCUUUAAAUGUUUUGGUCAUUGAGAAAGGGAAAUUUCUUUCAGAGGUUAGGCUUUGUGAAUCUUUGGUUUUGUUCAUGUUUGUGUAAUAAUUCCCAAUACUAUUAUUUGUCUGCGGGUGAAGAUUUCCGGUGGUGGACGGUGCAAUGUGACCAAUGGGCAUUUCAAUGACAAUGUGUUCGUUGAUCACUCUUGCAGAGAAUUACCCUCUCCAAGGUAUUAAAGAGCUCAAAGGUUCUUUCUUCAACACAGAUGGUCCUGCUGAUUCCAUGUCCUGGUUUUCUGAGCAUGGAGUUCCCCUGAAGACUGAAGAAGAUGGGAGAGUAUUUCCCGUGAGCGAUAAUUCAUCUUCCAUAGUCGAUUGCCUCUUGUCUGAAGCAAGGGUUAGGGGAGUUCGCCUGGAGAGUCCGUUAGAGACGACGGAAAGUUCCUUCUCAAAGUUGAGAAUCGCGGAGCGGAUGCUCCUGAAUACGUUGAAGCGACCUAUCUUCUUGUUGCUACUGGAAGUAGCCAGCAGGGGUAAUUUGUCUGUCAGACCGAGAAUUCAUAUGAUUUUAGAGCUUGUAGAGUCCCUUUUGUUGUAAUUUUGCAUGAUAACUUUGAUGGGCUUGAUCUUGCCCUCAUGAUUUGGCUGAAACAGCAUGUGCUGUUGUUUUGCUCGAA